CUUCCUCGCAGGGGCCUUAUUCUGAAAAGCUGAUUUUACCCAAACUCUUUUCUUGGAGGAACCCUCCAUGCUAGAGCCGUAUCAUGUCCAAUUCAUCAUCCAACAACCACUAACACUUCAAAGCCUGGAGCUGCUCUUUCUGCUGCCUUAUAGUGACAGAGGAGUCUUUUUAAAACCAAGUUCCCUGACCCCCUUUUAUUCCCCCCAUUGUAGUCAUGUACCAAGUGUUUUGCUGUGAUGGAUUUCAGAUGGGCAUGUGUAAGGCUUAAUCAGCAGAACCUAGUCUAGCCUAAGAAGUUGCCCAGAAACUCCAGCAGCACAAGAUGACAGAUGAGCCAAUUAAAGAGGUUCUAGGUGCUCCCAAGCACCCCGAACCUGUAAUGAUGGAGAAGAGCAAUAACAAUGACUGUGUGGUAACCACUGUCCCUUUGGUCAGCGAGUGCCAGUUGACUGCAGCAACUGGAGGAGCGGAGCUGUCCUGUUAUCGUUGCACCGUCCCCUUUGGCGUGGUCAUUCUUAUAGCUGGAGUGGUGGUCACCGCCGUGGCAUACAGCUUCAACUCCCACGGCUCAGUCAUCUCCGUGUUUGGACUGGUUCUCUUGUCAUCUGGACUCCUCUUGCUGGCUUUGAGUGCUGUGUGCUGGAAAAUCAGGCAACGACACAAGAAAGCCAAAAGACGGGAGAGUCAGACAGCGCUUGUGGCAAAUCAAAGAAGCUUGUUUGGUUAGAGGCUACCAGGAAAACCUCAACCAGAAGAGAGCUCCCUUGUAAAUCGAUUUGACUAUUUAUCGAUAAGUUAGACUGCACACGUUUUUUGGAAUAUAAAUGGGUUGGAUUGAGAGACUCUUGCAGCCUCUUUGGAAUUGUUAGUACCUGUCUUAUCACAGACUUACAGAAAAUGGUAUUUCUUCCAGGACAGAGAGUGAAAAAUGGUGGAUUUUCUUUUCCUUCACAGAAAACAAAUUUGUCAUAACUGCAGUCGGUUAAUUAGUCAACAUUUGGAUACCAUUGGAAAGGGAGCCCUGUGAACAAUCAAGAAAAUAACUUCACCUGACCUGGUGUGCCAGAAACCCGCUUAAAAAUAAUACACACUGUGAGGUCUGACCAAGGGAAGAGUUGUAGCAUUUGAAGAGAUGAGACAAAAAAAAAAAAAAAAAAAAAAAAAAAAAAAAAAAAAAAAAAAGAAAGAAAAAGAAAGAGCAUGCGGCUAAGUCGCCUUUGACUUAUGUUGUUCAGUGGAAAAACAAAGGAAAAAAA